CUCGGAGCGGCUGGCGUGCGGCUCUUUCCAGGGACAUCAGGAGCGUCCGACGCAGGUUCUUUGGAGGCUGUGCUUUCUGGAAGGUGGGAUGAUGUAAAGCGGGAUUCUCCAGAUAAAAGAAUUGCUGAGAAACCUGCUCAGGAGGGGGAAAGCCAUCUUAGGUACCAUCUGCCUGCGGGGAGCAUAUCGACCAGUACCUCGCCAGACGGUCUGUGCUCUUCUGAUUGGUCCUGCGGGGGGCAUAUCGACCAGUACCUCGUCAGACGGUCUGUGCUCUUCUGAUUGGUCCGUCCGCAAGGUUGCCGCACAUUUCUACAAAGCGUUAGCCUUUCAGACGCCACGUUGUCGGGGAUCCUGCCGCCAUGCCGUCUUUCAGGGUGGAGACAACCCAGCUGAGUGGACUCAUGCUGCUCCUGCUGUCUGGCCUCCUGGUGUCUGCGCAGGAUGAUUUUUCCGGCUACCAUUCAGGUGACGGGCAUGUCCUCGAGGGCUCUGUGGUGGGUGUCUAUGAAGAGUCAGGAUACCCCCUUCCAGACGAGGUCCAGCUGGAGCCCACCACAGGGUACGAAGAGCAGACGGCCUCGGCCUACGACCCCUACCACCCCUACGGCCCCGUCUCCUCUAUCGUCACCAUGAUAACGGAGGACGCGUAUCCCUACGUGGCAACCACAUCCCAGUCGUACGACUAUGCCAAGGAGGUCCCCACGGUGACCACUCAGGUGCCCUACUACGAAAGCGGCAUCGCCACCCUCGGGGAGGAGGAGGGGCCCACGGACUGUGACUGCCUACCUGGGGAGCCUGGCUUUGCCGGAUUUGCUGGGCCCAAGGGAGCCAGAGGGGAGCAGGGUAAGGAUGGAUUCCCUGGAGCGCAAGGACGGGUGGGGUACAAGGGAUUCAAAGGGGUGCCUGGAAGAAGGGGGGACCCGGGCCCAGAGGGAGAGCCUGGGGAGGACGGGGCUGAGGGGCCGUCGGGCUUCUCUGGAGCCAUGGGUGAAACUGGGCUCCGUGGGGACAAGGGAGAAGCAGGGGACUUGGGUGCGAAGGGUGACAUCGGCAUGACAGGCCCAUGGGGAGGAGUCGGAAUCAAGGGCGAGACAGGACCAGUGGGAGGAGGUGGAAAACCUGGAAAACCUGGAACCAAGGGGAUAAAGGGAUCGAUUGGGACUCCUGGGAAAAUGGGACCAGAUGGUGAGAUGGGAAUGAAGGGUCAGAUUGGAGCCCCUGGCUUCUCAGGAGACAGGGGAGAGCCAGGUUACAUGGGGUAUUCAGGAAUCCCAGGAGGCGGAGGAGAACCUGGACUAAAGGGAAACAAAGGCUUGGGGGGAAUUCCAGGCAGUGACGGGGAACCUGGAGAGGAUGGUCCUCUAGGAGUGCCGGGAGUAAUUGGAAUUCCUGGAUCAUUUGGCAUUAAGGGGGACAAAGGGGAUCCAGGCCCUAGGGGACCCCAAGGACGAGUGGGUGCACAGGGACAACACGGGGAGAGAGGAGACGCCGGCAUCCCAGGGAAGCCGGGAGCCAGUGGCCUGAAGGGCCAGCCGGGUGCCAAAGGGGAGACUGGAGUGGACGGCGAGAAGGGACCCAGAGGACCACAGGGGUCAAAGGGCACGAAGGGGCAAAAGGGUAGCGCCGGUUUCCGUGGUGAUAAAGGGAAGCGUGGUGAGAGGGGCUUUGCGGGACCUCUUGGAGGUGUUGGCCGUUUGGGCCCCCCAGGAGUGCCGGGUCCACGGGGCAAUCCUGGUGCUUUGGGCGACUCCGGAGUUAGGGGCACCCCAGGACCCAAAGGAGUACCAGGGCCCCCCGGCCCAGGACUCUCCGAUGAACAGGUCCUCCAGCUCUGCCAGGGUGUGGUGACGGCUCAGAUCUCGCAGUAUGCUGUGUCCAUCCGUGCCAAAUGUGCCCAGGGCUGCCCCGUCAACCACCGCACCCUGAUCGGACCCCCUGGGAUCAGGGGCCCACAUGGAGCCUCCGGCAAACCCGGGAAACCUGGCAAGUCCGGCUCCAAGGGAGCCAGUGGGCCGAGGGGGGACACGGGAUUCCCAGGCCAGGAGGGCGCAGCAGGACAGAGAGGCCAGAAGGGCACCAAAGGGGUGCGAGGUGACCCUGGCACAGGGCUGCCAGGAAUCGACGGAUACCAGGGCCUCAGAGGCUUUCCGGGGCACCCUGGUCAGCCGAAGAAUGGGACAGAUGGUCCCAUGGGUCCCCGUGGACACCCAGGCCCAAUGGGCCAGUCAGGAGGGGCUGGGCUUGCUGGGGUGCCGGGGGUGUGCGAGGCUCGAGAUUGUAGCAUCCAUGCCCCAGUGAUGCGGAAGGAGCAGGGCCUGGUGAAGGGACCACUCAGUCCCAACAUAUAGACACGUCAUGGUGGCACAGGGUUGCCUUAAAGCUGCUCAUAAACACAGAACUAUACCCAUAAUCCCCCAGUCUGACCCUAUCCAUCCUUGCCUUACAGUACGCUGAACUUACCCACCCACAACCCUACCAUAAUCCAUCCAAUAUUACCCAUACUGCCUUGCUAGCUUUAGUUGUUACACCAGGGGUAGGUAACCCUCAGAGCUGGGAGAAACACUGCUCUAAUUACCCCCAGAGCCCCCAGCAUGAAAGACAGCCGCCUGAAUAAAGUCGGGAGAGGAGACUGAAAUUAGUUUUCCCAUCACAUAAUUCAGUUUUUGAUUGACUUUUAUUUUAUUGAUGCCCUCAUUCAAGAGAUGGUUUAUUUUAUUAUUUCACAUUUUUAUCAGUACAAGGACAAAAAUAAUGUAAAUAUUUUUUAAAAAUAUAUAAACAUUCAUAAACGUUUUCUAAUUCGCUUGUGUGAUAAAAACAUCUCUGUUGCAUUUCAAGAACACGGCUAACUGGGGAUUUGAGCAGUUAAUUUAAAAUACUCAACGUUAAGAAGCAGUUUCCGAUUCUGCUGCACUUCACAUCUUCUUCAGGAGUUAUAUUAAGAAUAUAAAGUUUAUACUGAACAUCUGCCAAAAACUGUUAGUAUAAAAAUAUGCACAAAAAACAAA